AUGGAGUUCGCGGCGAUGAAGUGGAGGGACCUGCUGGAGCUCUGCCGGCAGCACGGCCUCGCCACCCGCGGCUCCAAAGCCGACCUCGCCGCCGGGCUCGCAGGCGCGCUCUCGUUGCAGGGGGCUGCUGCUGCUGCUGAGAGUGUGGUUGGUGUGGUGGUGGGGAAGGGUUGUCUGAAGCGGCUGGGAGGUAGUGCUAGCGGUUGCACCUCCAGGGCUUCGAAGAAGGUGAGGUUUGCAUUGGAUGAAACGUCAGAGGUGAAGGGACGAAGAUCCCAGGUGAUUUUGUCACUGGUUGUUGCCAAGAAAAGAGGGAGGCGCAAGGCUAGGAAGGCACUUCCUUCUGCUGCAGUGAGUGGAAGGGGUCGGCGGCGGAAGCGCAAUGAUGGUGGUGGUUCUGCUCAUGAAAGUGUUACUAGAGAGGUGGGUGCAGAUGCCCCAGUGACACAGUCCAGGAUGAAAGAGGUGUGUUUACAUGCUCCCAGUAGGAUUGAAAGUCAGAAUAACCCUGCUGAGGCUGAGGAAGGAGGGGAGGUGGUAGGAACAGCUACUGGUAGGAAGCAGAAGCGCAAGGCCCAGGAGAAUGCCGAGGUUAUUGCUAAUUCUCGGGCAGGAGUUUCUCGUAGGAUCACAAGGAGUUUAAGCUCGUCAGCUGCAGCAGUUUUAUUGCCCCUUGAUGCUGAGGAGAAGAGAGGGGCUAGGAAGGUAGGAGAUGGUAAUGAUGAACUUUCUGCUGAGGAGCAUGCUGCUGGAGUUCAAGAUUUGACUAUUGCAGCAUCACCAGUUAUUAUUGAGAGUAGUAGUAGUAGCAGGAUGGGUGAAGAUUGCGUUCCUUCUGUGCAGAAGCCUUCGAAGGUGGUGGUAUCUUGCAGAACCACAAGAUUAAGCUCAGUAGCAGCUGAUGUGAUAUUGCCCACUGUCGUUGGAAAAAAGAGGAGGAAGACAAGGGGUAGGCCCAAGGCCAGGAAGACACUUCCUACCACAACUCUGGGCGGAAGGGGUAGCCAGCAGAAGUUUGAUGUUGCUGGCGAUUCUGUUGAUCAUGGUGCUUUUGGAGAGGUGGGUGCAGAUGCUCCAGUGACACAGUUCGGGACAAAAGCCGUGAAUUCGCGUGCUGAAAGUGGAGUUGAAAGUCAGAAUAAUCUUGCUGAGGCUGAGGAAGAAGAGGAGGCAGUAGAAGCAACCACUUAUAGGAAGCAGAAGCGGAAGAUCCAGGAGAAUGCUGAUGAUAUUUCUGCCAAUGCUCCAUCUGGAAUUUCUCAUAGGAGGACAAGGAAGUCAAGCUCGUCCUCAGCUGCUGUUCUGUUGUCCCCUGUUGUUGAGAAGAUGGAAGUAGCAGAUGAUAAGGAUGAACUUGGUGUUAAGGAGUUAGCUGAAGUUAAAAUUUUGGCUACCACAACAUUACCAAUUAUUGUUGAGAGUAAGAGGAAGGAAGAAGACUACAUCCCUGCUGAGCUGAAACCUGCUAAGGUGGAGUUUUAUGGCAGAACUACAAGAUCACACUCAAUAGCAGCUACUGUGUCAUCGCCCACUGUGAUUGGAAGAAAGGUAAGAAAGGCAGAAGAUGUGCACCCAAAUGGAGAGGUGUCUAUAGAUUUGGAGGUUCCUCGAAAUGAUGCUCCUAUUACCAAGUCACUGAGGAACAGAGUUGUUCACAACAGUGUAGUUGAUGAAACUCGUGCCCGCAAGAAGUUUGAAAUCAAGAGGAAGCCCAGUCGACCAGCAACUCACAGGCAUCAGCCGAUUGUACCUUCUGUAGAGGAGAAAGAACAAGUUGCUGUGCUCUGUUUCAAAGAUAGGAUCACUAGGAGCUACAAGGAUAAUAUAGCUAGAAAUGGUGGUCGUGUUUCAUUAUCUGAUGACAAUGGCAAUAAGGCUUCAGUUGCAGAAACAGCGUUAGGAGUGGUUGAUGAAAGAACCAAAGGUAAGCACGAAAGUGUUAGUAACAAGGAGUUUCAAAAUGCCAAGGGUGGAGAUGUGGGUAAGCAGCCAGCUGUAAGUGGAUGUGUUAGGCGAUCAACACGUAAAUCUGGGAAGUCGGUUCGAAUCUAG